AUGGAAAUCAGAAAUCACACAACAGUGACUAAAUUCAUCCUUCUGGGAUUCACUACGAACCCCAAACUGCAACAGCUUCUGUUUGGGUUGUUUCUAAUCAUAUACAUUACUAGCCUAGCAGGGAACAUCACACUGACUACACUAAUCUGUUGCAGCUCUCGCCUCCACACACCCAUGUAUUUCUUCAUCGGCAACCUGUCCUUCCUGGACCUCUGGUAUUCCUCUGUCUAUACGCCUAAGAUCUUGAUGAACAGUAUCUCUGCAGACAAGAGUAUUUCCUUUGGAGGUUGUGCUACCCAGUUCUUCUUCUCAGCUGGCCUUGCGUACAGUGAAUGCUUUCUCCUGGCAGCUAUGGCCUAUGACCGCUAUGUGGCCAUCUCCAACCCACUACUUUAUGCCACUGCCAUGUCUGGAAAACUAUGUACAGGGCUGGUGGCACUCUCAUAUCUCAGCGGAUUCAUCAAUGCCACAAUUAUCACCAGUGAAACCUUCACAUUGAGUUACUGUGAUGGCAACAUCAUUGACGACUUCUUCUGUGACCUACCUCCAUUGGUGAAGCUGGCCUGCGAGGUGCCUGAGAGCUACCAGUCUGUUUUGUAUUUCAUUCUGGCCUCUAAUGUCAUUACUCCUUCAGCAAUGAUCCUUGCCUCCUAUGUCUUCAUCUUGGCAGCCAUCUUGAGGAUCCACUCCACUGAAGGAAGGCUCAAAGCCUUCUCCACAUGUGCUUCCCAUCUGACAGCUGUGACCUUGUUCUAUGGCUCCAUCCUCUUUAUCUACUCACGCCCCAGCUCUAGUUAUGCCUUGGAAAGGGACAAAGUAGUGUCGGUUUUCUAUACAGUAGUGAUCCCUAUGCUGAACCCCCUGAUCUACAGCCUGAGGAACAAGGAGGUGAAGGAUGCUCUGAAGAAGCUGACACUGAAAUGGGAUAUAAAUACAUAA